AUGGACUGGUUCCGUGAAGUGAUCCAUCACUGUGGUUUCACGGACUUGGGCUAUACUGGCUCUCCAUUUACUUGGUCUCGAAAUCAUCCUGUUGAUGGCCGAACCUACAUCCGCUUGGACCGAGCACUUGCCACCAUAGCAUGGAAGUCACUUUUCCAAAACACUAUCAUACAGCAUGUGCCAACGUUCGCUUCAGAUCAAUCCAUGCUCAUAGUCAAUCUCCCUUCAAUAUGGCAUCGACAACCUAAAUCACAGCCUCCAUUCUGCUUUGAAGCAAUGUGGUUAAGGGACCUUCGCUGUGCCGAAGUCACUCAAGAAGCAUGGAUGGAAGGGCUCUACAAACCAAAGGGUACACCUAUCACAAACUACCUUGACAAUUGCAGGGCUCGCUUAACAUCAUGGAACAAAAUGGAAUUUGGCCAUAUUGGAUGCCAAAUAGCACGGUUGGAAUAG